CAAGACCUAGAGGUGUUUGUAUCUUCAACAGAGAAGGGAGCCAGUGCACAACUUCCCUUGUCCAUAUGCCUGAGCUGUGAAACGUGUGUGAAGAGGACAACGUGGUAGGAAGAACUGGUGUUGGCAUAUUCCAGUAUCAGUACAAGUUUGUAAACUGGAUAUUCUCCUGGUUUUCAGGACUUCUGUGUGCUGGGAAAGAGGCCUCAGAGGAAGAGACUUUAUGCAGUCCCUGUGCAGGCAAGUGGUUGACCUUCAUGAAUCCUUCCUUGUCUGGAUGCAAAGGAGCUUUUCAGAGCACACUGCCACCGCUGUGUGGAUUUCCCCAGGUGCAUCAGAGGCUUUCUCCUUGGCAGAGUGUGAGAGUGGUCUAUUGCAGUACGGUAGUGCCCUCUGAUGAAGUGACGGUGGUUUACCAAAAUGGCUUACCUGUGAUUUCUGUGAAUCUUCCAUCUCGGCGCGAACGUUGCCAGUUCACGCUUAAACCCAUCUCAGACUCUGUUGGUGUGUUCUUACAACAGCUGCAAGCAGAGGACCGAGGAAUUGAUCGGGUUGCGAUCUACUCAGCAGAUGGCACCCGUGUUGCUUCCUCCACGGGCAUAGAUUUGCUUCUACUGGAUGACUUCAAACUGAUCAUCAAUGACAUCACAUAUCAUGUUAGACCACCAAAGAGAGAGCUCUUAAGCCAUGAGAAUGCAACCACGCUGAAUGAUGUCAAGACAUUGGUUCAGCAGUUGUACACUGCCUUGUGCAUCGAGGAGCACCAGCUGAACAAAGAGAAGGAGCUCAUAGGGAGACUAGAGGAAUUGAAGGAGCAACUAGCACCACUAGAAAAAGUAAGGCUGGAGCUCAGCAGGAAAGCAGAGAAGAGGACAACCUUGGUGUUGUGGGGAGGGCUGGCCUACAUGGCCACUCAGUUUGGGAUUCUGGCCCGCCUCACCUGGUGGGAAUACUCUUGGGACAUUAUGGAACCAGUCACCUAUUUCAUCACCUAUGGUAGUGCCAUGGCAAUGUAUGCUUAUUUCGUAAUGACUCGCCAGGAGUAUGUUUAUCCAGAUGCAAGAGACAGACAGUACUUACUAUUCUUCCAUAAAGGAGCCAAAAAGUCACGAUUUGAUCUAGAGAAAUACAAUCAACUCAAGGAUGCAAUUGCUCAGGCAGAAUUGGACCUUAAGAGGCUUCGAGAUCCACUGCAGGUUCACCUGCCCAUCCAGCAAAUUGAUGAAAAGGACUGAUCAGCAAAGAAGCUCUGAACUCUGGCAAAAAACCUGUUCAUAGCUCUUGCCUUUUAAAUUAAAGCAUUGCAGGUGGAAGCUGGGAGGUGGUGUGUGGGUGGAGGGUUUUUGGUUGGCUUUUUUUUUUUAACCUUUAAUCAAGAUAAAGGACUGUAAGGGGAAAUCUCUUAAAUUUGAAGAUGGGGCAUUGUGGAAUGUUAGUUCCAAAAAGGGCUUGGCAAAUAGUCAUAUUUAAAACCGUGUGAAUGGCAAUUGUGUACAAAUACAGGAUUGGGGGGGUUCAUGAAAAGAAUGUAAUGCUGGGGUAGGGAUGUCUUCUUCCAGCUCUGCAGAGUCUGCCUCCUGAUAAGACACCAGCAGCCUGCUUAGCUUUUUAAAGUUUCCUUUACCUGACUCAGUUCUCUCUUUCUCUCUUAACAAAACAUAAAAGGGAAAAAAAAAAAGAACAAA